UCUAACCCUUUUUCUUAUUUUUUUCAUUUUGGUGACGUUUAAAAAAUUGUUUGGCUUUAUUUUUUGCCUGCUUACUUUGUUAUAUUUUAUUUAAUGUUUAAAGCUGCCUCAUAGCCAUAAGGAAACGACAAGCAGCAUUUGAAAAUUGAUCAGUUUUUAACAUAAGGAUGGAAAUUGGAUUCGGGAUAUCGCUAAAUUAGUAAAUGUGUACCAUUCUAUCGUGCAGUAUGUGAUAAAAUGUUUUAAAGAAGAAAAUUGGAUCAAAAAUAAAGAGGACUCGAUGUGAUCAGAUUUAUAGUUAGAAAAUCUAUGAAAAUUCCAUGUUUGAGUGUCUUAAAGACUUCUACAGAAUUAACUGAAAAGUGUUCUACUUCUAUUUCACUUAAAACUGUUCAACAAGUACGCAGAUAAACUGGAUUACAUUGACACUCUGCUCGAAGAAAAUUUUUUGGAAGUGCAAAAAAUAGAAAGAUUCUUCUUUCUUCUCAAAGUUAAUGCUUCUACAAAACCUCCCUCCAUCAAUUGAAAAAUUGAGUGAAAGAAUUGGUCUGCGAAAAGUUCCCGAUGAUUAUAUCAAGAGCUUCAUAAAAGAUACUAUACCUCGGUCUUCAAUAACUGUGGACGAAUACAAACAAUAUAUCUUUAGCUUCGAUAAGUAUAAAAAGAGAAGAACAGCUGUUAGGCAGAAGAAGAGAAAAACUUUGUUAAAUGCCAAUGAACAGCGCAAACUAGCCAUCUUCAAAGUGGACCCACAGACUACCAAGUUUUCGACUUUUAUUCCUGUCCACGAGCUGUGGAAAAAAUACAUGCAAGGAAUUCUUCAAUUGAAAGAGAUUCUUCCAGAUGACUUAUCAAACAUUUACCAAAAACUAUUAAAAGCUGACUAUCAUGGUUGCAUGCUUGUAGUUGCUUCAUCUGUGUGCCCUAACUAUGUAGGGGCAAGGGGCAUAGUUGUUCAAGAGACAAGGAAUGUCUUCAGAUUAAUCACAGAGGAAAACAAAAUAAAAACAAUCCCCAAAAAGGGAACUGUUUUUUGUUUUGAGCUGAAUGGAAAUAUUUUCAAGAUUUAUGGAGAGAAUUUCCGAUAUGUGCCAUAUGAAAGAAGUCGAUUAAAAUAUAAAACAAAAGCAAUUGUAGAUCCUUAAUUUUACAAGGAAAUCUGAUAUUGUUUAUUUGUAAAUACUGUAUUAUUAUCAUUUUGGUAAAUAAAGUUUGAAUAACUAAUA